UCUUUCUCCUCCUGAGCUCUACUAUAGACAUGCGUUGUGCUGCCCUGAUCGGUUUGUGCCUUCUCGCACUUAUUGACUAUUCUGAACAGCACAUACAUAUACCAAGGCAUGUAUUCGAUGUACAUUCAGAUCGUUGCGUGUGUCCAUUAGUGAAUUUCCCUGUAUGCGGAGCGGACGGGAAAACCUACGGCAACCAAUGCUUUCUCAGCUGCAAAAAAGUUCGGUUGGCGAAAGAAGGCCCAUGUGAUGAUAAAGAUAUAAUGGAAGUUGAUGUCACCAAGUCUUAUGUUCCUUUCCAUAUCCAUGGGCCUAAAUCGGAAAUAAUCACAUAUAUUCCUGGGUUUGAACGCGGCUGCGCGUGUCCAUCAGAUUUGAAUCCUGUAUGCGGAUCGGACAUGAAAACCUACAGCAACGAAUGCUUUCUCAACUGCAAAAAUGUUCGGUUGGUUAGACAAGGAAAAUGUGAUGAUAAGGAUGAUAUAGUUGGACCAGACAAGUAUCCUGUCGCUUUGCUCAAACACCCUGGUUGCGUGUGUCCAGCAGCGAGUUUCCCUGUAUGCGGAUCGGACGGGAAAACCUACGGCAGCGAGUGCCUUCUAAGAUGCGCAGAUGUUCGGUUGGCUAGACAAGGAAAAUGUGAUGAUAAGGAUGAUAGAGUUGGAUUUGAACGCCUUAAAAUUAUUGACCCUUGGUUUUCAAUACCUGCGAAAGUGUUUGAAAGCCCUGGGUUGGACCCUACAAAACCUUGCUGGUGUCCAUUAGUGUAUUCCCCUGUAUGCGGAGCGGACGGGAAAACCUACAGUAACAUAUGCCGUCUAAAAUGCGAAAAUAUUCGGCUUUUGAAAGAAGGACGAUGUGAUGAAUAUGAGUUCAUUGAAUUCUCGAGACCAUAAAGUAUCGAAACCGCUGUUCCUCAUUUUACACACACUUAUAAAAAUGCUUCCCAAAACACAAACACUUUCUGCCCAGACAUUCAGAGAAGAAGCCCUAAAUUAAAUAAAUAUACGCUCUGAAUAAAAUAUAAUAAUUUACCA